GUGGGCCGGGAUAGGCCAACGUAUGUGACGCGCGACCGCGAGAUAGCGAAGCAGGCCGCCUAGCCUAUUCUCGCCGCCGUCUCCGCCGCCGCCGAUGUUGUCCGCCGCGCGAUCCGGAGCCCUGGCGCGAUGGCGUCCCCGGGAGACCCUCCUCCCUCGCCUCCUCUCCUCCUCCGCCACCGGCGCGGCCUCCCCGCCUGCGCGGCAGGCGGCGCUGCUGGAGCUCCCGGAGGUGGAGAAGGUGCUGCGCGACGUGCGGGCGGGGGACGUGCGCGUCUUCCCCGUCGGCGAGGGCGGGCUGCAUGGCGGCUCCUGCGCCGACUACAUGGUCGUCGCCACCGGCCGCUCCGACUGGCACGUCCGCAACAUCGCCCAGGCUCUACUCUACAAGAUAAAACAGAAGCAGAAGGGUUCUGAUAGAAUAUUGAUGCCAAGUGUUGAAGGCCAGCAAGCUGGAAAGUGGAUUGUCAUUGAUUCUGGAAGUAUCAUCAUUCAUGCACUUGAAGAAAGAGCAAGAGAAUAUUAUGAUUUGGAAAGCAUUUGGACAAAAGAAGUGUCUCCAAACAUUUCUGUUCAGGAAUUGGAAACUUCCCUUGUGAAGACACGCCGCAGGGACCACUCUCAGAAACCCAUGAAGAGCAUUUGAGUACAUGAGCUAGUUCCAUGAUCUAUGAUCUGUGAUUGUCAACAAAGAUGAUAAAGUGGUGUCAAGCAUGUAUUUGCAUCCAAUGAAUUUUGAGGAUGGGUGAGAUGCUUGUGAAUGAGAUCAUCAAGAUGCUGGAUACCUUGUUUCUGUGGGCCUCUCUGCUUGCCUAUGUACUGUGGUUUCUCUUUCUUUCGUUGACAGUAUGGUCUGUACUUUUGAUGACAGCUUUCAAGCUCAAGCAAAGACAAUAUAUGUUAUUCUUUUUCUUUUUUAUCGCCCCCAUGCUGGUGGUUUUUAGAGGGUCAUGUUCGCUCUCUCGAUAUGGCGCCCUUCCCCCCUGUAAGGCUGUAACUGUAAGUUGUGCAGAGAACUCUAACCUGGGGAAGAGCUAACGAUCAGAUAUAUAUUGUAUGAACAAAAUGCAUAGAUAACCCUAGAAAUCUAGAAAAUGGAGAGAAGUUGACAUGAUGGGGUGAUUGGCGUUUGAUGGACAA